CGUCCGCCCCCACUCCUAAAUCAAGUACCCCAAAUCCCCCUAGAAAGUAAAGACUUUUGUGAAGCUAUUGAUGGCGUGUGCAGUUCUAAUUAAUUCUCUUUGAAACGCUCAAAAUAUUCCAGAAGAUAAGAAUAUCACAAAAUUUAUUAAACAUCCAGACUAAGCUAUUAUUGUUUAAAUUCUUUUCAUUUUCAAACCAGUUUUUGUUCAAACAAAACCUGCAUGAUCCACCACCCACUGGGCUCAAAUCGAUUGUUUUGAUCUUUAUAACUGUAUAUGUGGAUUUGGGGUGGUGUUAAAUCAGAUAAUUGAAGGUUGAAAGUGAAGAGAUUGGAUAAAAAAUGGGUUCUUGGACUCGCAGGAAAAUCAUUGAUCCUUUUCUCCAAAUCCUCCAGAGGGGAACAGAGCCGAAACAGUUGGCAUUCUCUGCGGCCAUCGGAAUCACUAUGGGGGUAUUUCCCAUUUGUGGUGUCACUGUAUUCCUAUGUGGGAUAGCUAUUGCAUUAUUGGGAUCCUUUUGUCAUGCUCCAACUACGAUGUUGGCUAACUUCAUUGCUACUCCAAUUGAAUUGAGUCUGAUGAUUCCAUUUCUACGCAUGGGUGAGUUUAUGACUGGUGCAUCUCAUUUUCCUUUGACCUCUGAUGCACUGAAGAAGGUCUUCACUGGUGAGGCUUCAAAGGAAGUCUUGCUCAGCAUUUUCCAUGCGAUAUUGGGCUGGCUUGUUGCUGUACCAUUCAUCCUAGCAGGACUUUAUGUAGCGUUUUUGCCAUGUUUUACGAUCUUGGUUCACAAGUUCAGCACUCGUCCUCCAAGCCCGAAGACGCUUCUCACACCACUUACAGAAGACCUGGGGGAGUCUAGCAAUUCUGUACAUGUAUGAAGUUCAGUAUUUUUCCCAAAGUUCAUCACUUGCUCAUGAACUCGCAGCUUUGCCAAAAGUGACAAGGGGGCCUGGGGAAGGCCUACUACUACAUGAGGGGGGAGCUUUAAAUAAGAAGCUUUACCCCUGAAUCUCAAUCAAACUCCAGUGUAAUCUCUUUCUUUUAUACAAAAACUUUGUUAGAUUAA